AUGCGAAAAGUGGGCAAAGACAUUCCUCAUCCGGGCAUAGAUUCUACGCAAGAUGAGACGAUGUUCCGCUACCACAAGUACUACCAGUGGGUGUGCUUCAUGUUGUUCUUCCAGGCCACCCUCUUCUACGCGCCGCGGUGGCUCUGGCGGAUGUGGGAAGGGGGCAAGAUCCAGGCCCUCAUGAUGGAUUUGGACAUUGGCCUUUUGGGCGAGGCGGAGAAGAAACAAAAGAAAAAACUCCUCGUCGAUUACCUCACGUCCAGCUGGAAGACCCACGAUUGGUACGCUGGCCGAUACCUCAUCUGCGAGGUGCUAGCGUUCUGCAACGUCAUCGGGCAGCUCUUCCUCCUCAACCGCUUCUUCGACGGCGAGUUCAUUAACUACGGACUAGAGAUGAUUCAUUUCAUGAACACAGACCCGGAGGACCGGAUCGACCCCAUGAUACGGAUCUUCCCCCGAGUGACCAAGUGCCGGUUCCAUAAGUACGGACCCUCGGCUGUCCUGGAGAGGCACGACGCGCUCUGCCUCAUGCCCCUCAACAUCAUCAACGAGAAGAUCUAUAUCUUCUUGUGGUUUUGGUUCAUCAUCCUGUCCGUCAUGUCGGGUUUCGUGCUCAUUUUUCACGCCGUUCUUUUCGCAUGUCCACCUGUUCGCGUCUACGUCCUCGGCAUGCGGUACAGGUUCGCCCACAUGGAGAACCUGCACACGCUCGUGCGGAAGGGAUCCUUUGGAGACUGGUUCCUGAUUUACAUGCUCGGGCAGAAUGUCGACGCCAUGAUCUUCAAGGAACUUGUGGUGGAAUUGGCGAAGAAGAUAACGAGCGAACCGAAAGAGGGUUUAUGACCCCAACGCUUCUUUAUAAGUUCCCUUUGCAAAGUGAUUUGCAAAAAUAUAAAAUGUGUUCAGAGACAAUCAUGUGGAAUGGUUUUAAACAUUCAGUGAACUUGAAUGAAUCCGUCGUUGGUAUUGAAAGACGUAAUGCAAUGACUCAACGAACUACCACGGUAAAGAUGUUCUUGAUCUUCGGGGAGAUGUGCGAUUUUACAACUGCCAAGUUUAUUACAUCCUAACAUUCUAGGAUUUUGUAUUCUGUAUUACCAGUUACAGACUUCACAUUACAUAAUAUUGAUUGUUUAGCAUUACGAAUAAUGCGUCAUAUCAUACACUAAAGAUAUGAAUUAAAA